AUCAGUGUGAGUGAGUGUGAUGUGAGCACAUCAACUGCUGAGUGAGUCUUCAGACCGGCUCAUUAACACACAGUGCCACGAUGGGAAACGGCUCAGCCAAACUGAACCCCUUCAUCCACGUCAACGGCUCGGCGAAAUCCAAGCACCACGCGGCCGAGCCGAGCGCCUGCCCGACGCCCCUCAGGACCAAGGUGGAGGAACUGGAGUCCCAGCUGAAGAAGAAGGACGACGAACUGAACGCCCAGCAACUGCAGAUCAGACAGCUGGAGGAGCAGCUGGCCAAGAAAAACCAAACCAUCGUGGACAUUUCCGAUGCCCUGAGGACCAAGUGUCUCCAACUCGGCAAGCUCCAGGAGGCUCUGAAGAACCGGGGAGAUUCGGAGCUCGCGAGCUCGCCCACCGAGGCCGAUCGGCGGCUCAGCGGCCUGCUGCGGGAGACGCUCAACAAAAGGAAAGGAGCGAAGGCUGGCGUUUCGGCAGAACCGUCGACCAGGACGUACGAUUCGAGCAUCAUGCCCAAGUUCUACUUUGAGAGUGCACGGGUUUGGAAAGAGCCAAGCGUAAAGAAGCUCCUGAUAGACGCUCUGAAUAAGAACCGAUAUCUGAAAAGGCUGGAAGGACAGCAGCUGAAGGACAUGGUGGAAUGUAUGUACGAGAAAACGUAUCAGCAAGGAGAGUACGUCAUCAAGCAGGGCGAGCCAGGGAAUCACCUGUUUGUGCUGGCAGAUGGUAACCUGUCCGUCUACCAGAACAACAGACUUCUCACUUCCAUCGCAGUCUGGACGACGUUUGGUGAAUUAGCCAUUUUAUAUAACUGUACCAGGACUGCGUCCGUCAGAGCGGCCAGUAACGUCAGGACAUGGGUUCUCGACCGGGAGGUCUUUCACAACAUCAUGCGAAUGACGGCCGAGGCACGACACGAGCAGCACCGGAACUUCCUCAGAAGUGUGUCACUUUUGGCCAAUCUGCCAGAAGAUAAACUGACUAAGAUCGUCGACUGCUUGGAGGAGUAUUAUGACAAAGGCGACUAUGUCAUCAGGGAGGGCGAGGAAGGAAACACCUUCUACAUUAUCGCCAACGGAAAGAUCAAAGUGACCCAAAGCACGAAGGGCCGCGAAGAACCGCAGCUCAUCAAUACUCUAGAGAAAGGCGAUUACUUCGGAGAGAAGGCGCUUAUCAGCGAUGACGUCAGGUCAGCUAAUAUAAUCGCAGACGAGGACGGUGUGGAAUGCCUGGUCAUCGACCGAGAGACGUUUACUCAGACUGUUGGGACCUUCGAUGAACUGAAGAAAUACCUUCAGGGCUAUGUGGAGACUUUAGCCCGUGAUGACAAAAAAAGAAAUGCUAAGAGGUCAGCAAGUAGCACUCCUCCCAGCUCGCCCUUGUCCUACGAUCGGGUCCAGCUCAGAGAGAAAGACUUGGCAUCCUCUGUCUCCUUCAGGAACCUGGAGAUCGUCGCUACUUUAGGAGUAGGAGGGUUUGGCAGGGUUGAACUGGUUAAAGUAAAGAACGAGAACGUGACCUUCGCCCUGAAGUGCAUCAAGAAGCGUCAGAUUGUGGACAACAGACAGGAGGAGCACAUUCACUCGGAAAGGAGAAUCCUCAGUGAAACCUGUUCUCCGUUCAUUGUGAAAAUGUAUCGCACAUUUAAGGACAGCAAGUAUGUUUACAUGCUCCUGGAGGCCUGCCUGGGUGGAGAGGUCUGGAGUCUCCUAAGAGACAGGGGAAGUUUUGAUGAAAACACAGCCAAAUUCUGCGUGGGCUGCGUGACCGAAGCAUUCGAGUACCUCCACAAAAAAGGAAUCAUCUACAGGGACCUAAAGCCCGAGAACCUCAUGCUGGACUCGGAAGGAUAUGUGAAACUGGUUGACUUUGGUUUUGCCAAGAUGAUCAAGUGUGGCCAAAAGACGUGGACGUUUUGUGGAACCCCUGAGUACGUCGCACCCGAGAUCAUUCUGAAUAAAGGCCACGGGCUGAGUGUGGACUUCUGGUCACUAGGAAUCCUGAUCUUUGAACUUUUGACUGGAAGCCCUCCCUUCACUGGUGCAGAUCAGAUGAUCACGUAUACUUUCAUCUUGAAAGGAAUGGAAAAAAUGGACUUCCCAAAGAGGAUUACCAAGAGGCCUGGAGACCUUAUUCGAAAGCUCUGCAAACAAAAUCCUUCAGAGCGACUUGGGAAUAUGAAGAAUGGAAUAACGGAUAUCAAGAAGCACAGGUGGUUUACUGGUUUCAGUUGGAGUGGACUGAGGGACAGAAGUUUGACUUCCCCACUAAAAAGAGAGUUGAAAGGACCAACGGACCACAGUUACUUCGACCACUACCCGCCCGAGAACGAGAUCCCCCCCGAUGAACUUUCUGGUUGGGACAUGGACUUUUAA